AUGGGAGCAGGUAUUGAUAAACAUAUUAACGAAGGUGGUGGUCCAUAUGUAUUUAAAAUUCAUGGUCAGGUUAACUAUACUGAAGAGAACCUGCUCGACUACAUUGAUCCAAACAAUGAUACACUCAUGGUCAGACUUGCAGACGACCAUCUGCUCGCCGAAUGUCGCAUCAUGCUAGGAACUGACAAGAGGGCCACUACAACCACCAACAUUCGUGAAGGAGACAUCUGUGCAUUUCGUUUCAGGAUCACUUCAAAGGGCCGCCUGGUUCUCACCGUGCACCGCCUCUAG